CUUCAAGGCUCUCCAUGAACCCAAGCCACAUCUUAGCUUAAUUACAUAGCUCCUCCUCCUUUCUCCACUGACUGCUCAGUGUGUUUUGCAUCUCUCCAUUGAGCAAGAGGAGAAGGGAGGCUCAGCUAGCUAGCUAGCUACCAUCUAUACUAGUAUCAAGUUUUUUUGUUCAGAUUUUUUUGUUGGAGGAAGAGUUCUAGGGAGAUCGAUAUGGCCUUCAUGUCCAUGGAACGCAGCACUUGGGCCUUCACCUUUGGCAUCUUAGGUAACUUAAUCUCACUAAUGGUAUUCCUUUCGCCACUGCCGACGUUCUACCGGGUGUACCGGAAGAAGUCGACGGAGGGGUUCCAGUCGACGCCGUACGUGGUGACGCUCUUCAGCUGCAUGCUGUGGAUGUACUACGCGUUCGUCAAGUCCGGCGCCGAGCUGCUGGUCACCAUCAAUGGUGUGGGGUGCGUCAUCGAGACCGUCUACCUCGCCAUGUACCUCGCCUACGCCCCCAAGAGCGCCAGGAUGCUCACGGCGAAGAUGCUGCUCGGCCUCAACAUCGGCCUCUUCGGCGUCAUCGCGCUCGUCACGCUGCUGCUCUCCCGCGGCGAGCUCCGCGUCCACGUCCUCGGCUGGAUCUGCGUCGCCGUCUCGCUCAGCGUCUUCGCCGCUCCCUUGAGCAUCAUCAGGCUGGUGAUCCGGACCAAGAGCGUGGAGUUCAUGCCAUUCUCGCUAUCCUUCUUCCUGGUGCUUAGCGCGGUGAUCUGGUUCUUGUACGGGCUGCUCAAGAAGGACGUGUUCGUGGCGCUGCCCAACGUGCUGGGCUUCGUGUUCGGCGUGGCGCAGAUGGCGCUGUACAUGGCGUACCGGAGCAAGAAGCCACUGGUGGCGUCGUCGUCGUCCGCCGUGGUGGCGGCCGGGCUGGAGAUCAAGCUGCCGGAGCAUGUCAAGGAGGUGCAGGCCGUCGCCAAGGGCGCCGUCGCGGCAGCGCCGGAGGGCAGGAUCAGCUGCGGCGCGGAGGUGCACCCCAUCGACGACGUGAUGCCCUCGGAGGUGGUGGAGGUGAAGGUGGAUGACGAGGAGACGAACCGUACGGACGAGAUGGCCGGUGACGGCGAUCACGCUAUGGUCAGAACGGAGCAGAUCAUCAAGCCUGACAUGGCCAUUGUUGUGGAAGUGUAGUCUGAUUAAGCUUAGAGAACUAGUAGUAAUUCUCUCAUGUGAGGUAUAGCCAGCUAGCUGGUGGUACACAAACAUAAACACGAACACAUGUUCAUCGCGUACGUACUAGCUACUAGGUGAGACACCUCUUGGCGUAGUACGUACAGUAGUACUCCGGCCAGAUCUAGUAGGGACUGUAUUGGCGCGUGACUCGCCUGGUUCGUCCAGCUUGCAUGCAGAGACCGACCGAGCAAGCAAGCUAAUUAAGCUGGCCCGACCGACCGAGUGCAUGCGUGUUUUGUGAACCUAGCUACUGAGGGGGGAGUGAAGGGUGUGGGUGUGCAAUCGACCGGCCUGUCGCGUCGAUGCUCUUGCUUAGCUUCAUUCGAUUCAUGCAGUUCAAUAAUAAAAUUUGGAUUUUACUGCAACA